GCGCCUGUGUCACUGCUACUCGAGUCCGGCUGGACACAAGAGUUCUGCGACGUCGCUAACACUCACAGUACUGACGCAACCGCGGACAGGGCAAGAGCAAGUCCGCUUGCUUUUAAAUGAGCGUUUUUGAUUUAUUUCGCAGUUUUUUCGGUGUCCCUGGUGGACGCUACAACGGAGACAGACAAAGGGAUUCUUUCUUUGAUGGGAUGACCCAUGAUGACGACGAUGAUGAUGACGAUGACCAGUGCGAGGGCGAAUGCCACAGCGGUGGCUACGGGGGCCGGCCACAGGACUCUUUUGACGAGGCCCUAAGGUUCGGCUUCAGCUUCGGACCUUCUGGAUUUUGGGUUCAAGAGCCCCAGUUGUUUGGUCACAUUCUCAAGCAGAUGGAGGAACUCUUCUCUCCAGGCUCCUGGGAGCAACAGCCAGGCUUCAGACAUUUUGACAUCCCUCAGAUUGAGCAGCCUCCUGGGGAGCAUGGUGAUGCAGUGGCCAAGGGUGGCUCUCUCAGAGACUUCAUGCUUAAAUCUCCAGACGGCCCCGUCCCUCCUGCAUCCCAGCAGCCGUCCGGUCCGCCUUACUCGUUGCCUCACAAGGGGCCUUUUUCUAAGUUUAGUGACCUUUGGAGGGAUGUACCAAAAAGGGGAGUGGAAAUGGAGACAGAUAAGAAGGACAGUGAUUUGGACUCACUGGUGUCCUCAGAGGGUUUAGACCAGAUAUCACCUCCAUCUACAUCGUCUCAGCCCAAAAUCAGAUCUUUCUCUCAGUCAGUAACAAUCACUAAGGUUGUGGCACCUGAUGGGAGUGUCGAGGAAAGGCGUACUGUGAGAGACAGUGAUGGGAAUGAGGAGACCACAGUCACACGUUCAAGGGGUUCUGGGGCCAGUAGGGGAUCUCAGAAACGGCUUGAUCCCCCAGCACCUGAUAUCUUUUCACCUUCUGAUGGACUACAGGAUGAUUUUUCCAUUUUCUCCAAGUUUUUUGGUGGAUUCAAACGCUGAUGAAGAGCGGAAGUACUGUUGGGUACUUUCUGGAUUGUUGCUGCUGUUCUCAAAUGCAGUAAUUCAGCAUUUAGGGUCAGCAAGUUCUUUCAUUACAGCCCAACUGAAGUCAGCCAGGAUUAAUGGUCUGUUACAAUUGAUAAUGCCUUCCUUGUUGUAAAAUACCUAAGGUUACAUGAUAGUUUGUGCUAUUGUUUAUUCAUAACUUUGGAGCAUUGCUUUGUAAUCAAAGAUGGUCUGAAAUUAAGAAAGCAAUGUGGUAAAAGCUUGCUAAUGUAAUAUUUUCAGUGAUUUAUUUUACAAAUAUUUCUUUGACUCAUUUAGAUAACUAAAUAAAGGAAUCAAAAUAUUGCAAU